AUGACAACAUACUCUGAGACCAUAUGCUUCACAAGACAAGCAUUAGAGGCAAGCCUUCUACCAGCCCUAUCUCAAGAUGAAGAACCUGCACUCAAAAGCGUCUUGAGCGCUAAACUAUGCUCAAAUAUCGACAUCUUACGGAAAACAGUGGUCAGCAACAAGAUUGAAGGAGAACAGCAUGAAGGGAAUUAUGGAAAUAAAAGAGAUUUCGCCUUUUUUCAGGAUCAGUUCAGUGGUAUAGCAUGUACCGCUUCUAUGGUUCAGCAUGCUUCGACGUCAGUCUUGAAAGAACAAUAUACUAAACACAUUGAGUCUCAAAAGUCCCAUCGUUUCAGUGUGGAUUUUGAUCAAGAUAAUUAUUCAGAAAGCCCAGUUUUGCAGGAGCCAGUUGAAGAUAUAGCCUCCCGGUCUCGGAGUGGUGAUCAGGACGAUGAGAAGUUGGCGGAACUACGAAACCGCUUAUUGGGAAAAAAACAGGAUCACAUAGACGUAGCCUCUGAUCCUGGUAGCUCAAUGGAGAAGCAGAUGCAAUUACAAAACAACAUUCAGGAAGAGCUUCUCAGUGACAUGUCUCAACUUGUGUCUGGUCUUAAACAGGGUGCCGAAGCAUUUCAAGCUGCACUGGAUGAUGAUUCGACGGUUUUAAAAGCAACCGAACUUGGGUUGCAGGCAACUUCACGUAGCCUAGUUGAUCUUGGUGGAAAGCUGAAAAAAUAUCACAAUUCUAAGGUAGGAUUUCUAUUCUACAUGACAUGUCUUUUAUUCAUGUUCAUCAGCUUACUUGUUACGUAUCUCAUCAUAAAGAUAUUUCGCAAGAUGUAG